UGGCUCCAGCAAGGAUCAUCAGAGGAGGGAGAGAAUCUAACAGAAACCAGCAAAACUCAAAACAUUACCCAAUCAAAAUCAGCCAAGUCAUCCAUAUCAUCUCCAAAACUCACCUUAUCCACUCUCUCCACCACUACUCUGCUUCUUCCAAAAUCUAAAAACCACUUAUCCUUCACACUCCACACGCCCCAUUUCACUCUUUACUGCAAAAUCCUUCUUCUUCUCCUCCUCUGUUUCUCCGAUCACCGCAAAAAAAAAAAGAAAAAAUGUCUCUUACAAUUCCGGCCAAUCUUCCCACGGCUAUCGCCAACAAGCCGAAGCUCAGCUCCCAAUUCGCCGCAAAACCCAGGAUUGCCACCAUCGUUUGCUCCGCGAAUUCUGCUAACCAGAGUAGUAAUAACUCCGCCGCCCCUGAUUCUUCAUUGAAGGCGUUUUCAGCUGCGCUUGCCCUUUCUUCCAUUCUUUUCUCUGCUGCUCCGGUCUCCCCUGCAUCCGCUGACAUCUCCGGGCUCACUCCCUGCAAGGAUUCGAAGCAGUUUGCCAAGCGUGAGAAGCAGGAAAUCAAGAAGCUUUCGUCUUCUUUGAAGCUUUACGCUCCAGAUAGCGCCCCUGCUUUGGCCAUUAACGCCACCAUUGAGAAGACCAAGCGCCGGUUUGACAACUAUGGGAAACAGGGAUUGUUGUGUGGAUCAGACGGAUUGCCACAUUUGAUUGUGAGUGGAGACCAGAGACACUGGGGUGAGUUCAUUACACCAGGGAUUCUGUUCCUUUACAUCGCUGGAUGGAUUGGGUGGGUUGGAAGGAGCUACUUGAUUGCCAUCAGGGGUGAGAAGAAGCCAACUGAGAAGGAAAUCAUCAUUGAUGUUCCAUUGGCCAAUAGGCUUGUAUGGAGAGGAUUCAUCUGGCCUGUUGCUGCUUACAGAGAAUACUUGAAAGGAGAGCUCAUUGACCCCACUGUCUAAAUUAUUCACUUUAUAUUUCAGGUUUGUAUCAGUUAUCUUGUUUUUGGCUAAAGAAAUGGUUCAAGUGUUUGAAGAAAUUGCAUUUACAAAAUAUGGUCUCAUUUCAUUAGGUCCGGGAUGUGAUUUAAGUCUUACUUUGAAUGAUGCAGAUUGAAACUGGUUAACAUCACAUUUUAACUGGUUUUUUUCUCUGUGUACAGAAAUGAGGCUGAAUGCAAGGAAGAGGAUACUGGGGAUGGAUUUGAGGAGAAUAGGGAAUUCGAGAAAUCUUGUAUUCAAUGGCUGUAAAAUUAAAUGUACAUCUGUUUCAAUCACUGAACUUACACCAAGCAAUAGUAGCUGGUUUUCAUUUUGGUUUGAUUGAUCUUGGAGUCUUGGUGGUCUUGUGUCAAAUAUUUCUUUCAUUUUGAUCCUUUUUUUUUCCUGCUAAUCUUGCUACUGGAAUUAUGAAACAUACAGAGACUCUUUGGCUCAGGACUCAAGAGUAAUGACAAGCAGAGUGUUUAUAGUA